AACGCUAUCUUUCGACCAGCUGCCCACGGUAAACGUAAACAAAGCAGGCAGCUUCCUUUGACACUCUUUGGUCCAGUUAGAAAAAAGAGGAAAAUGAGCUCAGAUCAAGACAAAAGUGAGACUGAAAAGGCUAUCGAUGUGUUGCAGAGAAAAGUAAAAAAGCUUUACGAAUACAGAGAUUUUUACCUUUUAAAAAGACCCCUUGAGGAUGCCUUAAAGAAGGAUGAUGAUGUCAAGAAAGAGUUGUUGGAUACUCUUAAGUCAUUUGAUGAACUUGAAGGAAAAGCUCAAGCUGAAGACAAAUCAAAAUUCUUUUACCUAAAGGGCAGAGCGUUGAAUGUCACGCAAGACCACGACCCUGAGGCAGAGAAGCUCCUCUCAAAAGCGAUAAAACUGAACUCUAAUCUUCUGGAAGCUUGGAAUGAGCUUGGAUUUUGCAUGUGGAAAAGAGGCGACUCCCUAGGAGCCAAAAAGUGCUUUUUGAAAAAUCCCAAGGAUAAAGUGGCCCUUCGCAGUUUGGCUAUCGUUUUAAGGCAGCAACCGUCGGCAAACCACGAGGAGAGGGUGAAAAUCAUAGAAGAGUCCCUGGUGAAGGCGACUGAAUCCGUUGAGCUGGACCCAAGCGACGGUCUUUCGUGGGUUGUGCUUGGAAAUUCAUAUCUCGUGUCAUUCUUCUCCAUAUUGCAAUCGCCAAAGAAGAUGAAGCAGGCUUUAGCAGCUUAUUUACAAGCGGAAAAAGAUGUGAUAGCGCAAGUUGACCCUGACUUGUAUUACAACAAAGGCAUUGCCUUACAGUAUCAAGAAGAGUACCUGCCUGCCUUAGAAGCCUUUUCAAAAGCCGCUGCUCUUGAUCCAACUUGGAACUUGCCGAAAGAAAAAGAAAGGAAGUUAAUUAUGUACUUAGAGACUGCCCAGCAGCUAGUGACAACUCAAGGCAAACAGAGGCCAAAGAAAUUGCACAGCAUGUUGAAGGGAUUAAGUUUGAAGCACUUGGGACCAUAUGAGGAGAGCGCUGAGAAGGGUGGCGAGGCAAAAGUGACAAUGACAAAUGUGGCUCUCAAGGAUUUAGAAGAGGGUCUGAAUAAGGACAAGGUGGUGCUUGGAAAGGUUGUCAGUGGACUGCAUUCCGAAGACUCUGUUGCUUUCUCCUUCUGCAUCACUGACAAGAAUGAGACUUGCGUUGUUGUGACUGUCUACAACCUGGCUGAAGGCCGGGGGUUCAUCAUCGGAGACUCAAUCGCCAUUCCUGAGCCAUACCUUUGCAAAGUGGCGUUUACCCACAAAGACAAGAGCUUCAAUUUCAACUCGAUACGAGUUCCGACUCCUUUGGUCCUUGUGGUCAACGGAAGAAGACUGAGUCGAGAGCACCACGCCUGCACCUUGGUCACCACCAAAGUGGCCAGCACUACACAGAGCGACUACACUUCUUGAUUCUUCGUGCAGCUUUUAUUAUUUAAGUGCUUGUCUCAUGCUUGAUUAACUCUUAAAUAAUGAUCUCACUAACAAAUAAGCGCAAAAUAAUUUAAAAACUUAAAUUGGUAACAGGCUAAACAUGGAACGUAAAGUAUUCCUUAUUUAUUUUUAUAGCACUCAAAAGUCAAAGCAAAAAUCAAUUAUUUGAGUAAUGUCUGUGAUAAACACAAAAAUGACAUUAUAAAUCCAUGAUUGUAGUUUAAAAUGCGCUUCAUAUUGUCUGUGCCAAAGUCCAGGCUUUGCACUUGUACUCCAAAGUGGGAAAUAUGAUUUGACAAGCAUUCUGCUCUAAAAACUGAACCCAGUAGCUUUCAAAUAACACUUGAAAUUGAUAAGGUCCAAGGUGUUAAAAUAUUAACUCUCUUUUUAAAAAAAUGCACACAAUGUAAUUUGACCAAAAAGUCGAAUAAAACUUCAGUUCUUUUUUUACCGCAAA